CAUGGAUCAGAUUAGACACAUGACUCGUUCCUGAAUCAUACAAAACAAAAACGAAAACAAAAAAAAAUUUAAAUAAAUAAAUAAAAGCACCAAUUUCCCAUAUCAUCAAAACUGUUUUCUUGUGAUCACUUGUCGCUUUAGCAAACUAGCAAUUAAUUCACCCUCCUUCUCUUUUCUUUCUGGUUUAACAGUCUCUUUCUCAUCAAUAAUUACUCUCUUUUCUCAGUCAGACUCUGAUACCAAAUACACAGAUAAACAGAGAAAAAAACCAACAAAACCAAGUUGCAUGAUUUUCUUCUGCAGGGUAAUUGAAAGAGUUUUGGCUUUUUGAAUUGCUGAAAGAGUUUUGGUGGUGGUGAUGUGUGGAUCGUUGAUCUUGGUUUUGGGUUUUUGUUUUGAUCGAUCUUGAUUCUUGCUAGAAAGUGAUCAAUUUAAGGCAGAGAUAGAUCACAAAGCUUCAGAAAAAGAAAAAUGCUUGGAAAUGGGGUGGUGGGGAUUUUUUCAGAGUCAGUGAACAAGUGGGAGAGAAGAGCACCUUUGACUCCAUCUCACUGUGCUAGGCUGCUCCACAGUGGCAGAGACAAAACUGGGGUUUCCCGCAUCAUAGUGCAGCCCUCCACAAAGCGCAUCCAUCAUGAUGCAAUGUAUGAGGAUGUUGGGUGUGAAAUCUCUGAGGAUUUAUCCCAAUGCGGCCUCAUCCUCGGCAUCAAACAGCCCAAGCUGGAGAUGAUUCUUCCUGAUAGAGCCUAUGCAUUUUUCUCUCAUACUCACAAGGCUCAGAAGGAAAACAUGCCACUCUUGGACAAGAUCCUAGCUGAAAGGGUGUCCCUUUAUGAUUACGAGCUUAUUGUGGGUGAUCACGGGAAAAGACUACUUGCAUUUGGAAAGUAUGCUGGUAGAGCUGGAUUUAUCGACUUCCUUCGCGGGUUAGGACAGAGGUACUUAAGUCUUGGAUAUUCAACACCGUUCCUCUCGUUGGGUGCAUCUUAUAUGUAUACGUCCUUGGCUGCUGCUAAGGCUGCAGUGAUUUCCGUGGGUGAAGAGAUAGCAACUCUGGGACUACCAUCAGGAAUCUGCCCUCUGGUCUUUGUCUUCACCGGUUCAGGAAACGUUUCUUCUGGGGCGCAAGAGAUAUUUAAGCUCCUUCCUCAUACUUUUGUGGAUCCUAGCAGACUUCCAGAAUUUAGCAAAUGCAACACUGCUCAACCUACAAGAUCAUCGAAAAGGGUCUUCCACGUAUAUGGUUGUGUUGUGACUAGUAAAGACAUGGUUCAACACAAAGAUUCCACAAGAGCAUUUGACAAAGUAAAUUCCCUCAUAUUCAUAUCUUAUUUUGCAUUUGUUUCAUUUUAUUAAUAGAUCUUCGAGAAAACACUUUAAAUUUUGGUUUUUCGGCUGGCAGUGAAUUGCAUGUAUUGGGAGAAAAGAUUUCCUCGCUUAUUGAGUACCAAGCAGUUUCAAGAUUUAAUGAGGAAAGGAUGUAAGCUUAUUGGAAUCUCUGAUAUAACUUGUGAUAUAGGGGGAUCUAUAGAAUUUGUCAACCAAACCACGUCCAUUGACUCACCCUUCUUCAGAUAUGAUCCUGUGAAUGAUUCUUACCAUCACGACAUGGAUGGGGCUGGCUUGAUAUGUCAAGCUGUGGAUAUUCUUCCAGCAGAAUUUGCAAAAGAGGCUUCUCAACAUUUUGGAGACAUAUUGUCCCAAUUUGUUGGUAAUUUGGCUUCUACAAGAGACAUCACAAAGAUACCUGCACACUUGACAAGAGCUUGCAUAACCCAUGGAGGAGUACUUACCUCAUUGUAUGAAUACAUUACACGUAUGAGAAAAUCUGGCUCAGAAGAAAUAUUAAAAAGUCCUUCUAAGCACCAAUCUAACAUGAAGUAUAACAUAUCAGUAUCUCUCAGUGGUCACCUAUUUGAUCAAUUUCUGAUAAAUGAGGCCUUAGAUAUUAUUGAAGCUGCAGGUGGCUCCUUUCAUUUGGUUAAGUGUGACGUGGGUCAAUGUUCUGAUUCUAUGUCAUUCUCAGAGCUUGAAGUGGGUGCAGAUGAUAGGGCAGUUCUGGAUCAAAUUAUCGACUCUUUAACUUCUCUUGCUAAUCCAAACGAAAAUUAUGAUUUAAAGCAAGAAAAAAAUAAGAUUUCUCUGAGGAUUGGUAAAGUCCAGGAGAGUCCUAUGAAGGAAAAUGGCACGAAAAGAAAGGUUGGGGUUCUUAUAAUUGGCGCAGGCCGGGUAUGCCAACCAGCUGCUGAGAUGUUAGCAUCAAUUAGCGAAAUGUCAUCCCAGAAAUGGUGUAAAGCAUGCCUGGAAGAUGAUUUUGAAGAGAAGAAUGAUGUGCAAGUUACUGUUGCAUCUCUCUAUCUAAAGGAUGCUGAAGAGAUUACUGAAGGUAUUCCAAAUACAAGAGCAGUUCAACUUGAUGUGACAGAUACCGGCAGUCUUCAUAAGUAUAUAUCAGAGGCUGAACUUGUUAUAAGUUUACUGCCAGCUUUUUGCCACAUUACUGUAGCAAAUGCAUGUAUUGAGCUUAAAAGGCAUCUUGUCACCGCUAGCUAUGUUGAUGAUUCAAUGUCAAAGCUAGAUGAAAAGGCAAAGAGUGCCGGUAUUACGAUUCUUGGUGAGAUGGGCUUGGACCCUGGGAUAGAUCAUAUGAUGGCAAUGAAGAUGAUCAACCAAGCGCAUGUCCGUAAGGGGAAAGUCCGGUCUUUCACCUCGUAUUGUGGUGGACUCCCAUCCCCAGCUGCAGCAAACAAUCCAUUAGCGUACAAAUUCAGUUGGAGUCCUGCAGGAGCUAUUCGAGCCGGGCGCAAUCCUGCCACGUACAAGUCUAGGGGUGAAAUUGUACAAGUUGAUGGAACGAAUCUCUAUGAUUCAGCUAUGAAACAACGGAUUCCCAACCUACCAGCUUUCGCGCUGGAAUGCCUCCCAAAUCGUAACUCACUAGUUUAUGGGGAAUUGUAUGGAAUAGGACAUGAAGCUUCAACCGUCUUUCGUGGAACCUUGCGCUAUGAAGGGUUUGGAGAAAUAAUGGGGACACUCUCAAGAAUUGGUUUAUUCGAAUCCGAUCCUCAUCCACUUCUCAAGGAUGAAAAGAGACCCACAUUCAGGAAAUUUUUGUCUGAACUUCUCAAAAUCGAAAGUGAAGAUCUGGAUGGACCUUUGAUAGGAGAGAAAGUCAUCCCUGAAAGGAUUAUCAAGCUUGGAUACUGCAAAGAUCAAGGAAGUGCAUUGAGGGCAGCCAAGACUAUAACAUUUUUGGGACUUAAUGAUCAGAAAGAAAUCCCUGCCUCCUGCCGAAGUGCAUUUGAUGUGAGUUGUCUCCUCAUGGAAGACAGAUUAGCAUACUCCAGCACGGAACAGGAUAUGGUGCUUUUGCAUCAUGAAGUAGAGGUUGAGUUCCCAGAUGGACUUAGAGAGAAGCAUUCAGGCACUUUACUGGAAUUUGGGCAGACUAAGAAUGGUAAAAUGAUCACCGCCAUGGCUUUCACGGUUGGCAUCCCGGCAGCCAUUGGAGCUCUGCUCAUACUUGGAAACAAGGUCAAAACAAGAGGGAUCUUGAGGCCUAUUGAACCAGAAGUAUAUGUCCCAGCCAUGGAUAUAAUACAAGCUUAUGGCAUCAAGGUAAUGGAGAAGAUCGAGUGACCUGAACAAUCCCCCUAUCUCUUUCCUGUGUAGAUGCAGCUAUUCACCAGAUAUUUGAUGCGCAACUAGUGCCUCGUUUCACUUGACUGCAAGCAUAGAUACUUGAAAGGGAGAGUUUGAUGCAAUUAUGUGGCAGGGCUCCAAUGACGGGUUUGCAAUGCCUUCCUAAGUUUUGUGGAAAAGGCGCUUGCAACUUAGAGGAGCUCCCUAUUCCUACAUUAAUGUCAGCAAAAUAACUUUGUGAACAAUGGAUUUGAACAAUGGUUCUUCAUAUUCUUUGUGACUUUUCGGGUCAGGGAUGGAAAAAGGGUUCGCAUGAGCUUGAA